GACCUCAGUUAAGAGCCUGACGGACCGUGGUUCACACCGUAUGUGUCCGCAACCCAGUCAAUAAGUUGCUUAUAGCGUUUAUUUUAUCAUAAAUCAUUUUGAGCGAGUUUGACACUAACUGAAGGGAAGGGUUGAAACGGAGGGGUUUUCUAUGCUGCCCUGAGUCCGAUAAAUGGGUGUGACAGACGGACAACAACAUCACAACAAAAACAACGGCUUCGCUUCCGGUUUCUGGAUGUAGCUGUCAGUCUCCCGCAUCUUUUUUUGUAGGGGAAAUCGCUUUAUCAGCAGCUUUAGUAUGAACGAAGGAGAAGUGUUUCAUGAGAAGCAGAGGUUGGAGCUGUGCGCAAUUCAUGCACUUAACAACGUGCUCCAGGAGAGGGUGUUUACCAAGGAGACCGCCGAUGACAUCUGCAAACGGCUGGCUCCGCAGUGUGUGGUAAACCCUCAUCGCUCAGUGUUAGGCACGGGAAACUAUGACGUCAACGUCAUCAUGGCAGCACUACAGAGCAGAGAACUGGCUGCAGUGUGGUGGGACAAACGCAGAACAGUACAGAGCCUUUGCAUGUCAAAGGUCCAUGGUUUCAUUCUUAAUGUCCCAUCACGUGUAUCACUUGGGAUUGUUUCCCUACCACUCCGACGGCGGCACUGGCUUGCAGUUAGGCAAGUCAAUGGACAGUACUACAACCUGGACUCUAAACUGAAAAACCCUGUCUGCAUUGGGGGAGAGGCAGAACUACGCACAUUUCUCAGUGAACAGCUUUCUCAGGAUGUGGCAGAGAUGCUCCUUGUUGUCCGGCGGGAGGUUGAGGAGGACGGCUCAUGGCUGAACUCAGACGACCUCAAGAAGUGAUACCUUGGAAAAGGAAAUUCCUUGACAUAGCAUGGAAGAAAACUCCUCUGGGAAAAUGACAAGACUUUCUGGUUUUUUGUUAAAAAAAACAAAAAAAACAAGUUCAUUUCAGAAAAAGAAACCUCUUCAGGGAAUGCACUAAAAUACAUUUAAUAUCUCACAGAGACAGAGGAAACUCCAAAGAGAAACAGAGAUGGGCGGUUACUCUUGAGAUGAAGAACUACUUUGAUUGUAUUAGCAGUAAAACUAUGGGUCUGAAAUGACCGGUGUGUUUGCCUGCUCUGCCUGGACCUUUGUUUAACAUUUACAAGGUGCAUCUAAUCUAUAACAAAGCUGCAAGUUUGAGGCAAAUGUGUUUUAGAUUGACAAUAUUUGACUGAACUUUGACUGUUUUGUGGUACAAACCUGCAGACAUUGUGCAUGACAAACCAUCUGCAAUAACAACAGAACAGGACAGGACUGUUAAUCAUCAACAGAAUAGCUGCGGAACUGAAAUUGACGUGAACAAAAUCGCUGGUCCUGAUCUGUGUGGUGUGGGCACCAAAUUAGAUCAUGUGUGUACAAGUUGGUCAUGUCAGGAUUUAUUACACAGUACCGAAGUGCACCAUCUCUUUCCCCAUCUUUGUUGUAAACCUUCUAUGCACUGCAGAGUCACUGUUUGUCUUUUUGUGUGUUCAUACAGAUAGCGAUACUGUGAACACUGCACCCGAUGAGGCAUUGAAGGACUAUACCAAUGUCUUUGCAUGUUUUAGUUCACUUCAGAUCAUGUUCUUUUGUAGCAUGUUUUCUAAUCUCCCAUACGGCCUCCAUUUUCCUUUAUUGUAACUUAAAGAAUGAAAUAGACUAAUUAACUUUAACAUUUUUCAAUGAGUUUUGAUGCUGCUCUCAUGAGUUACAAGCCAGUGGUUGUAUGGAAGUGAAAUUUAAGUUUCUAAAAUGAUGCAAAUCAAAGAGGUAAACAUGCAAAAACAGUGGUUAUGUGACUCUGUAACCUUUAUGUCUGUGUCGUCUCUUCUAUUAAGCUAUGCAUAUCCAAAAGAAAGAGGCACUAUCUCUGGUUCACACUAGUGACUGACCUACAGUACACAUAAACCUAAGCUCAGAGGUUCAUAAUAUUGAAACUUAUUUAUAUUAAAUUUUGACCUUGUGUUUUAA